ACGAGAAGGAGGAUAUUAAAAAUGGUAAUGGCGAUGAUGGGUACGGAGAAGCUCGUGUAUGUUCUCCUGGUACAUGCCUUCUAUGGUGCUUGGUGUAGUAGUGUUGGAGGAAGCCUGCAUUGUGAAUAUUCCAAUUUAGCGAGUCUUCACCGGCCUCACAGCGUAUCGAUUACAGAGUUUGGAGCGGUUGGAGAUGGUGUUACUCUAAACACUAAAGCCUUUCAGAAUGCUUUGUUCUACCUCAAUUCUUUCUCUGAUAAAGGCGGUGCCAAGCUUUUUGUUCCCGCUGGUCAGUGGCUUACCGGGAGUUUCGACCUUAUCAGUCACCUCACCUUAUGGCUAGAUAAAGGUGCAACGAUUCUCGGCUCAGAGAAUUGGCCCGUGGUUGAUCCAUUACCAUCAUAUGGACGAGGAAGAGAAUUGCCCGGUAGAAGACACAGAAGUCUUAUAUAUGGUCAGAAUCUCACAGAUGUAGUCAUAACAGGCGAGAACGGGACAAUUGAUGGUCAAGGAAGUGUAUGGUGGGAUUGGUUUAGAAAUGGAGAGCUAAACUAUACAAGACCUCAUCUUGUUGAGCUCAUGAACUCUACUGGUCUGAUCAUCUCCAACCUCACAUUCUUGAAUUCACCAUUUUGGAACAUUCAUCCUGUUUAUUGCAGAAAUGUUGUUGUAAAGAAUCUCACAAUUUUGGCUCCUCUUGAAUCUCCAAAUACAGAUGGAGUUGAUCCAGACUCAUCAACUAAUGUUUGCAUAGAGGAUUGUUACAUAGUUACCGGGGAUGAUUUGGUGUCGAUUAAAAGCGGAUGGGAUGAGUACGGAAUAUCCUACGCAAGACCGAGCUCCAAGAUCAAGAUCAAUCGGUUAACAGGUCAAACUACUUCAAGCUCAGGAAUAGCAAUCGGAAGUGAAAUGUCAGGAGGUGUGUCCGAAAUAUAUAUUAAAGACUUACAUUUAUUCAAUUCGAAUACCGGAAUCAGAAUCAAGACCUCUCCGGGAAGAGGCGGGUAUGUUAGAAACGUUCACAUCUUGAAUGUGAAGCUCGAUAAUGUAAAGAAAGCAAUUAGAUUCACGGGUAAGUACGGUGAACAUCCUGAUGAAAAAUUUGAUCCGAAAGCACUCCCAGCUAUCGAGAAAAUCACCUUUGAGAAUGUAAAUGGUGAUGGAAUCGGUGUUGCGGGUCUACUUGAAGGUAUAGAAGGAGAUGAGUUUAAGAAUAUAUGUUUCCUUAAUGUUACUCUUAGAGUGAAGAAGAAUUCGAAGAAAUCUCCAUGGGAAUGCUCAAAUGUUAGAGGUUAUUCACAGUGGGUUUCGCCGGAAAUUACUUGUGAUUCUUUGAAAGAGAGUAUAUUCCCGGAACAUCGAUCUGAUUGUUUCGGGUUAUCUGAAAAUAAUCUGGAGAUAUCAAGUGGUUUAAGUAGAUCACCAUGGUUACUUUCUUGGUAAGUUACUGUGAAGUUUUGAACAUGGAAGGGUUAAAACAGUUUGCUUGAUUGCGAAGAAACCUCUUCGAUUCUCCUUACAAAUUUUCUCUUAGAGGUUUCGUUUUUCAAAAGUGAUGCUUUCUUUCAUUUUUUGUUGUUUUCUUGUAAAUUUGUGUGCAGUGAGGACAAUAAUCAGAGUGGCUUAAG